GAGUUCCUCGUAAUGCCAAUAAGAAGGAGAUCUCGAAGGCAUACCGGAAACUGGCGAUGCAAUGGCACCCGGACUUAUUCCAGGGCGACGAGAAAAAGGCCGCCGAAAAGAAGUUCAUUGAUAUUGCGGCCGCCAAAGAGGUGCUGACGGAUCCCGAAAAGAGACAAAAGUUCGACAACGGAGAGGACCCGCUCGACGCCGAGGCUCAGUCUCAUGGAGGUUACACCUUGAUUAUUAAAUAUCUGAAUCAAUUUGGAUAUAUGGAUAAAAUGCCCAAAAAUAUGAGUAUGACUUCGCCUCAAAUGAAAUCAGUUGUAACGGAUUUCCAGAGAUUUAUGGGAAUCGAAGAAACGGGAACUUUGGAUAAGAAGACGAUGGAUAUGAUGAAUGAGCCCCGAUGUGGGGUCGCAGACAACCUUUCCCUCCGGACUAACCGUCACUAUAAUAUGAACUCAAAUAGACGUCACCGUAGGUAUACAUUACAGGGAAGUGUUUGGCCCAAAAAGAACCUCACGUGGAAAGUGACUCAAUAUUCAACAAGAGAUCAACUUCGGGGAAAGGAUCGGGAGGUCGACAGACUCAUGGAAUAUGCAUUACAUGAGUGGAGUAAGAAUAGUGGACUCACUUUUGUUCACGAAAAGGGGGAUAAAAAGGCUAUGAUUGAGAUCGGGUUUAAAGUGAAGGACCACAGGGAUGGCAAUCCAUUUGAUGGUCCGGGAAAGACAUUAGCGCAUGCAUUCUUCCCACAGUUCGGUGGAACCACUCAUUUCGAUGAUCACGAGCAGUGGACUAUUAGUGGCAGACCUGGUGUCGACCUCUUAAGUGUUGCCGUCCACGAGUUUGGUCACGCAUUAGGUUUGGGUCAUUCGGAUAAUAAAGACUCUCUGAUGUAUCCGACAUAUGCCGGCAAACGGACUCAACUGAAAAAGGAUGACAUCAAUGGCAUUGAAAUGCUUUACGGAAAGAGACAACAAAAAGACACCACAUUUUUGGACACAAAUGAAAGACAGAAACCAAAUGUCAAGUCUGUGGCACCAGAUCUGUGCUCUGACUUCAGAAUAGAUGCCGCGGAUUGUAAUGCUUUGGAUGAGUGCUUCUUCUUCAGGGAUGACUAUAUCUGGAGAAUUAGUGACGACACCGGAAUAUAUCCGGGUUAUCCUAAAAUGAUUUCAGAUAUAUUUCCCGGGAUCAAAGGUAAAGUGGAUUCAGUGGUGACCGACCAGAACAGCGGUCGCACCUAUAUCUUCAAGAAAAACAAAGUUUGGGUUUUUAAUGAACCGAUGAAGAAGGCGGUCAGAGUUGACGAUACCAUUGAGAACUUGAUUCGUGGUUUAGAGACCCCUUAUUUAGAUGCGGCCACUCGUUGGGGAUUCAAUGGAAAGAUAUACUUCUUUAGAGGCGACGAGUAUUGGAGGUAUGAACCGGAAAGAGUGAGUUACCCCAUAAACAGACGGUACCCCAAAUCGAUACAAUCGUGGAAAGGUCUGCCCGACAAAGUGGACGCCGCUAUGUUUUGGCCAAAAACUGGCAAAACUUAUUUCUUUAAAGGAUCGCAAUACUAUAGAUUUAAUGAUAUUUCAAGUUCUGUUGAUCGGGCAAAUCCUCCCUUCCCUAGAGAUGUUACUAAGUGGUGGUUGAAGUGCAAGACUGCAAGACUUGAAGAUUCCAAUGAUAUCAACGAAAUUCCGGAGUGUGACCACAAAAACUGCAACAAUUACAACGAAUCUAACGAUCCGAAUGCAAAGAGUUUCUUUAGAAGUGUUUCAAAUUCAUUCGCCAAAUCUGUCAACAAAUUUCUCAAUUUAUUCAAACAUUAAAAAUUAACACCAA